CAAUGAUGAUGAUGAUUGUAAUGCUACUGCUGCUGAUGGCGAUGAUGGUGUUGUUGAUGAUGAUGAUGAGUAUAUAGCAGCGGCUGGGUGAAUAGCGCUGUGAAACGACCGCGGUGUGAAGGUGGCUUGAUGAUGUUGGUGUGUAAUCCGUAUGAAAAUACAGAGAAAGCAAACUGCUUAGAUGUCGGUUGUAGCCUCGAAAAAUUAGCGCUUGUUGUUGGUGUUGUUGUUGUUGUUGUUUGUGCCGGUGCGGCCAAGCGGCUCGCGUCGCAAUUGUGAACGAGAAAUAAUCCGUUUUCGGAUGCGUUAAGAAGCUCGCCGAUCAGUUGUGUCCAUCUAUCAUAAUAUUAUUAUCUAACCUGACCGUAAUACUGUUCGCUCUCGAUGAAUCGCGACACAGGUACUAUUAACUAUCCAGCGUUAUUUAUCAUUAGCAAAAUGAUGCAGUCUCGAUAAAUCGGGAGUGUGUACACCUGAUAUACCAUCCUAAAUUAUCUACGCAACGGUGUUGUUUACUUAACCGGAGAUCGUAUCAAAUGUAACGUAAGUGUCUAUGUGCGUGCGGGUCCAUGUUACUCACGCAUUUGCGUUGCUCUAGCUUUUUUUUUGACACAUAAGGGCUGAAGUGUGGCUGAGGGAUAUUUAGGUGUGUCGAAAAGAAACCCAAGAAUCUCGCACUGCAUCGCUCACUGCACCUGGGCAAUACGCCUUUCAGCGAGCAAACCGCAAUAAAAACUGAAUCAACACUGAUAGCGACAGGAACUGUAUCUCAACUUGAAAGUGACGAUUGUCAAUAGUAAAAAUGCGCUGAACAACACAAUAACCAACAGCUCCGAAACGUUGCGUGGUUUAAAUACCGAACCUUCUGUAGUAGUCGUCAUUUUUAGAGACAUACUGUGUACACCUCGGCUCAUCGUAAGUGGUUUUGUGAAAAGCGAAUAAACGAAGUGAAGUUUUAUGCUGGGGAACAGCACUUUUUGUUUCGCUACGUAAUUCUUAUAAUCUGGUGAUCCGUACCCUUAAUUCAUUCGUUAUAACCGUCUGUGUGAGUGUGUGUGUGUGUGUGUGUGUGUGUGUGUGUGUAUGUAUAUGUUCAAACCAUUAUCGAAGGGUAACUGUAUUUCUCCGUGAUAACCCUCUUGCCAUGUUCUGACAUUUUAAGCGUUUCUUACUCCUAUACUUUCGUGUGUAUUUAUUAAUAGUUAAAUGAGAACUACUGUAAAAUUGUCAAUACAGAACCGGAUCGAAAGAGAAUAAAAAUACGAUCACCUUCUUUGUUUUCGAAGGGUGUAGCCUCAGUACCUUAUUCAUCCAUAGAGCCAACGUAAAAGAUUCGUGCCCCACCCGUAACAUUGGUAAACGCCUUUUUCGUCUGGCGUCACAAACGCGCGGGAUUUCCUGUGUGUCUCUAUGCCUAUCUAAUAGCUCGGCGUCGCUGUAAAAGCAAACGAAAAGAGAACAAGAUUUUCGCACUUAAGCAAGACCCCGAUACUAAUCGUUUAAAGUCACCCUUGUUCUUGUGUCAGCCCAUUCUGCCAACCUGUUCUGCAAGCGUCACGCCAUUACGUCUCUACUCAUCACAACCGAAGCAAAUUGUAUACACUAUUUAUUAUGUACAGUUACCUUAUCGGAUGCAGAAACUCAUCGUCAUCUUCAUUGCAUUGGGGACGAUGAAUCGAUAUCGCGCGCACUUUCUCGACCGGACUGGGGCUCAGUGCUGCCGAUGAUUAGUUCAGUAAAUUGGGGACGAUGGGCGAAAUGGAACAAAAAUUGAGUUCCGAGGCGAGAGAGAUGAUCCUCUGCGGCAAUGGAACAACUGGGGCUGGAGUCGGAGCAGGUGGUGGCGGCGGUAAUGGAGUUGUGUCAGUUCCACCGGCGCAAACAAAUUCAACUGGAGCUGUCGGCGCCACGGGACUGAUUCCCACUGUAACAACGGCAUCUGUACAGCAUUCGCAUUCGUUAAACGCAUAUUCGGAUAGUCUGAACGUCGUAGAACACCUUUCUCAAGUUAUUGCAUCCCCUGCUAACUCGAUGAUGCAACCUACUAUGGACAACAUCGAAGUUGACGUCAAGCUUCCGGAGCUGCAGAUGCUAAGUGCUGAAACGAAAAUUGAACCACAGUCUCAACCAAACGUCCAAUGCAACCACGGACAGCUCGAGCAAGGCGUAAAAACAGAACCUUCUCUUCAACCAGCUGCUCCAGUAGCGCAACAGAAUUUGCAGCUGAAACAACAACAGCCAGAACCAGACCCGCAGCAAUCGUUGGUCAAAGAACUGGUCUCAGUGUGUAAAACAUCUCAACAGGAUAGUAACGUAAACGUGAACAUAAACUCGAACAGUAGUUACUACCCUCAUCACGGCAACAACGGUCAUCAUCAUCAUCAUCAUCAUCACGGGAAUCAUCACUCGUCAUCACAUCACCUACGUCAUAAUCAAGAUUCUUCGAAGGAUGAAAAGCACGAAUCGAAAAGACACGAAGGCAAGUCACACGACAGCGAUCAUCGGGACCAUCGCAACGAUAAACGCCGGAGCUCAGACAGAUCAAGAACUGAUCAGAAAGACGAAAAUAGACAAAGGGAUAGUAGGUCUUCACGAGAUGGCGGAGUUCGCUGUUCUCGAUGUAAGCGUAGAACUGCAAAGAUGCGAAACUGUAGCGUUCAGUGUAAACGUGAACGAACAAGUACUCUUGUACUCGGAGUGAAUGAUAAAGGACUUCAGACCCCGAGAUUUCCGGAGACGGUCGAAUUUGAGCAUUAUAAAUUUGGAAGAUUUUUUCGUCGCGAACGCCAUUGCAACGGCGGAGCUGAUAUUCUUCACCUAUAUUUGGAUGAAAUCAAGCACCUGAACGAAGACGACAUGCAUCGGUUAGUCAAAGACUACCUUCGGGAAACGUUUCGGGAAAGUCCCCAAGGAACCGCCAAAUAUGUACUCUCGGUCAUCCACAACGGAGCCGCUUAUCUCCCGGACCUAGUCCAGUAUUUUGCGGAUAACCAACCCACAAUGGCGGUCAAGUGUGGAAUUCUUGGCAGAAAUAGUGAUAUAGAGACGACAACUAUGCGCGAAUUCAAAGAUCUUGUCGACAGAACGUACAGCUGUGGGACCUACCGAGCAGGUCCUCUGCAUCAGAUCUCCGUGGUCGGAACCGCGCAAGAGGAAUCAGGUGGAUACUUUCCAGAUUUUUUAUCACUACUUGAGCGCAGCCCCUUUCUAAAGUCCACAAUGCCAUGGGGUUCUCUCUCAGUCGAACACUUCGAUCCUCAGCAGAGUAGCGACGGCCCCAUCGUUUGGGUUCGGCCGGGAGAACAGAUGGUGCCUAUGAAUGAGAUCAAGGGCUCGCCGAUGAAAUCAGCCCGAAAAGAACUAAAGAGCCUGCAUUAUCAACCUCUACGAUUAUCUGAGCCUCGUGAGUUCCUCUUUGAGGACCGCACUCGUGCACAUGCGGAUCAGGUAGGCCAAGGUCUAGACCGUAUGACAACGGCAGCCGUCGGCAUACUCAAAGCUGUCAACGGGGAACGAUGGUGUAACCGUGUCACGAAAGACGUGGUUGCUUUUCAUGCUGCCGACUAUCCUUCACUUGUCGAGAAGCUACAGCUGGACCUGCAUGAACCCCCGGUGUCUCAGUGUAUCCAAUGGGUAGAAGACGCCAAGCUAAACCAUCUGCGAAGAGAGGGCGUUCGAUACGCGAGAGUGAAUCUGUGCGACAACGAUAUUUAUUUCUUGCCGCGAAACAUCAUUCAUCAAUUUCGUACAGUCACAGCAGUUGCCAGUAUCGCUUGGCACGUUAGACUACGACAAUAUUAUCCAGAGAGCGAAAAGUCCACUACACGAGUAAUGGCGCGUCCUUUACCGACGGACCACUCUGAGAAUCGCGCCGCAAAGCGUGCCAAAAGGACAGCUACUCAAGAUGAAGACAGCCUACCAACCUGAGGCGCAGUAAUAUGACAGAAAUCUGUUAUCCCGGUCAUAGACAACUAACGAAGUCUAUCCACCAUGAUUCAACACCAUCCAAUUGCCCGAUAGAGCGAAUAUUGACAACGAUUAAUGAUAAUCCAGGACACGUCAGUAAAAGCCACACCAGCAAAUCAUUGUAGGCAAACCGCGCGUACAAAUGAUUAUGGCAUCGUCAUGCUUGAGAAGUACGGCAACGUUUUGUAAAGGAAAGUAUUGACAUAAGUGGAAAACAAGGUUCGUUGAGCGCAUAAGGUUGCGAAUGGCAAAUGGAACGAUGCGGGUUGUAACAGCCGUUUUUGUUUGUCAAUUCUUCGCUGAUGCUAAACGCAGAAUACUAGAUUUGGAGCGUGAGGUGUGAAACGUCUCUGUGGCACAGACGCAAUCACAAAGGUGGCGGAUAUGCUUUGAACAGCUAUCCAAUAGACGCUAACCAAAAGUGCGAUGUGUGCUGAUUAAGCAGGAGGCUGGCUCUCCGGACACACUAGAAGAGCACAGCCGGAUCAGAGAAGAGAGCAAAAAUACCCACCGGAAGGAACGAACCGGAGUUUGUUAUCUGUAAUGCAUCUGUAUAUACCAUUAUUGUAGACGCACGUGAAUGGACGAAAACAGUUUAACAAAAAUCGAAAUAAUAAUCAUAAUGAUAUAUUAAGAUAAUUUUUAAAAUUAUCUAUAAUAAGUUAGCGGAAGAUGGGAGCACAGAAAGCGAACGAAAAAAGAAGGCUAUAAUUUAUUUAUAUGAAUUAUUAUUAUAACUCAUAGUGAAAAUAAGAAUAUUAUUAAUAACGAGAAUAUGUUGAGAUUGAGAAAAGAAAAAAAUGCAAAUCUCCCCGCAGAUGUAUUUUGAUUUGCUUCUUUAUCUUGGCAUUAUACAUAUAUAAGGGUAUAUAUCUGAACAGUUAAUAUGUGUAAAGGGUUAAUUAAAAUAGCUGCAACUCGUUACGGACUACAACAACAACUGCCAACCAAUAAGAAAAAUAUUCACUCGAAAUUCACAUAAGCUGACCCAAUACCGCCGGUUUGAUCAUCUACUCAUGAUCCCAGAGCUUGUACUUAAUAGACAACCACAUUCGUUCAUAGGGCUGUCGGGGCUAUUUAUUUUUUACUACUGUUAUUGAUUUUGGCUGUCAUGAAAUUAAGUUGUUUUCUGUUCGGUCUCAACGAGCAAUGCAAUUUCUGUAUACCACUAUCCCUAUUUCAUAAUACUUCCUGUGUACCCUGGUACUUGUCAUUAUUAUCAUAAUUAUUAUUUGCAUUUUAAGGUCUUGUAUCAGUGUGCUUUACGUAGGAUUGGCUGCAACGCAUUAUGGACAGACACAAGCAAAUCAAAACGGAAAAAUUAUCAUUCAGAGUACUUAUUGUCAUGGCAACUUUGAAGUUGGCAAAAAAAUUGCACCGGAAAAGCUCACUUUUUACUCCAGUUUUAUAAGCUGUCCCUCUCAUUUAAUUUGAAUAUUCUUUAUUUUUCGACAGCGAUAUUCCCGUACUUGACAUCUCCCAUCUGUUACUGUUGUGUAAAUUACCAGAGUAUUGAUUAUCGUAAUUAUACUAAGAAUAACAAUUAUUAUGAAACUUGUUGUUAUAAUAAUACAUACAUUAUAUUUUGGGUCAAUUGAAACACAACAAGAUGUACAGGUGAACGAUAAUAAAUAUAAGCCUCGUAAUAACGACUUACUAUUCA